AUGAAAUCACAGUGUGUUGUCUGCUUGAAAGUACUGACUGCAGAAUCUUUCAAAAAGAGUCAAUUGAAGAAACACUUGAAUAAUCUGCACCCACACCUGUCUUCCAAACCACGGGAAUACUUUGUAAAUUUGGAAAUGUCUGUCAAAAAACAAAGACUGAACAGCAACUUGAGAAGUACAUUCGAUCAACGUUCAGCAUCAAAGGCCAGCUUUGAAGUGGCCUGGUUGAUUGCCCGAAACAAGAAACCACAUACUAUUGGUGAGCAAUUGGUUAAACCAGCAGCUUUGAAAAUGGCAGAGAUUAUGUGUGGUCAGAAAGAAGCUGCAAAACUAAAUUCAGUGCCCUUGUCUGCAAAAGUUGUGAAAGAAAGAAUUUCUAUUUUAGCAGAAAAUGUGAGGGAACAAGUUAUUUCUUCAAUAAAAGAGAGUAAAUGCUUUGCUAUUCAGCUUGAUGAAACUACAGAUGUCAGUAGUAAUUCGCAGCUGAUGGUGUAUGUUUGCUACAAAGGUUUACAUGCAAUUGAAGAGGAGAUCCAUCGCCAGGCACUGCUUGUGAAACGUUUGGAACCUGCGCUGGAAGCUGUCAUGCAUGAUGUUAUCAACGUUGUCAGUGUUGUCAAAGGACAUGCACUAAACACGCGACUAUUUCGUGAAUUAUGUAGAGAUGGAGAGGCUGAAUAUACAGACCUACAUUAUCAUACAGAAGUGAGGUGGCUGUCACGUGGAAAUGUUCUGAACCGAGUGUGGGUUCUCAAAACUGAACUUGAAAUUUUUAUGGUUGAUCAAAAGCAUGUUCUCGCAGAUAACUUUACAAACUUCUCGUGGGUUGCACAUCUCGCAUAUUUAGCUGACAUUUUUGAGUAUGUGAAUGCAUUGAACAAAGAAUUGCAAGGAAAAAACAUUAAUAUAAUUUCAGCCAGAGAAAAGAUUUCAGCGUUUGGAUCAAAGCUUUUAUAUUGGAGACAGAAAACAGAACAAAACAAGACUGCUACCUUUUCAAGGUUGGCUUAG